CCAACUGGCCAACCCCAACUAUUUCGUCAUGAUGAGAGCGAGGGAUACCAGCCAUUAGCAAAUACGAGAGCUUGCUAAUGCUCGAUCCACGUCCACCGAAACUUUUUCUCAGACUUUUCCCCGUCUGUUUUCCGUCGAGUGAUUAACGAGUUUGCCGGUAACCUUAUUCGAACUUCGACCGUUGUUCACUUCUUACCAGCGGCAAGUCAAAUUCCAGUUUUAUCAUCGUCUGAUUUUUUGGCUGUAUUCAGAUAUCCGACGAAAAACCGUUUCUGGUUUUAACGAUAUUACCAUUUCGGUUUAAGCGCCUUGACGCGGCUGUAUGUGAACCGUCAAGAAGCUUCGAAGGAUUUUAAAUAGGUGAUGUAGGACRGGAAGGAGAAAGUCCUACAGACUACUACAGAGUCGCUGAAAUCGAGGAGCUGGUUAGAGAUCCGAUACGAAUCAUAAGAUCUCCGACCUAAAUUUCGUGGUCUUUUUUGUUUCUAUUUUUUUAAGAGAGAAAGUGAGGGGAAGAAGGGAAAAAUCUCAUAUUAGCGAAGCACCACCUUUGUCACCAAAAUCUAUAUACUGUAAAACGUAUCCGAAGCUCAAACACAAAUCUACUUGUUUGUCGAUCGGAUUGUUAUGGGUCCCGAGUAAUGAAGCGAUCUAGCGCAAAAGCAGAGCUCCUAUGCGGUGUGCACUGCAUUGAAGUCGCCGGAAAGUAGACGGAAGCUGGUUUGUGGAGCAGACGGACCGGGGGGAGGAAGAAUAUAGGAUAAAGAGGUGAAAUCUUAUCUCCGGUAGCAGACAGAAAUAGAAAGUUUGCAGGUCAGUACAGGAAAUGAGGAAGAGAUGCUAAACUAAACAUUCGUAGGGAAGACCAGUAAAUGUUGGCAAAGAGACGUUUUGGUUAUUUAUUUUCUGUCGCGAUAUUUAAUGCCAAAACCUGCCCUUUUAUUAGGACCUUCUGGACCUAGACGAGCUGCUCGUAAAAAUAAAUACUUUGAGCUGUUUGACUUUAUAGUCUCUUAGGGUUAGAUUAAAACUCUCUCUCUCUCUCUCUCUGAAUAGCCGGCUGGUGUGUAUUUUUUUGGUAUUCUUGCAUUAAUUCGAUGGUGAUGCCUCUUCUUUUGGAAAAGGAGAUAAAGUGUUUUGCGAUACCUUUCUCCUUAUAGUUUUUGAAAUAAAAUUUGGCUUUGGUUUUUCUUUGAUCGGCUUGUUUGAUCUUCUCGGCCUGAAUCGAGACUGUAUUUGAUCUGAGAAGUUGGUUGUGUCUUCUCUAUCUAAUUUGUUCUGUCUUCUGUGUCUCACUACUAUUAAUUUUUCUUCUGCAAAGAAGGUAAUGGGUUAACUGUUCUGAAGCGAUAAGAGAUAAUCAGAAAAAGUACUGUUUUUCCGACUGAUCAAAAGAUCCUUCAGCUUUGGUCGUUUUGGAUUUUUUUAGUAGUCUCGACGAAAUUUGAAAGGACCCAUUUCCAAAUUUUACGUGUGGCGGUGUGGGUAGAAACCUGGAACCAUAGUCUUUGAAUUGGUUUGAUCUAACCAGAGGUAGCUGACUUGAGGACUGAGGAGAAUAAUUGUAUUGGGAGAUCCUGUUUGAUUCUGAAUUCUUAGUUGAAUUAUUGAUUGUUGAAGGUUCCAAGCGUCUUACAAAUUUACGCAUUUUAGGUUAUCUGUUGGAGCAGUGUAUGAUUGCUCAAAAUGCUGAGGGAAACAGCAGCUUUUUGACUUUUAUUUUCUUCCCCAACAUAUGUAAGCCAUGAAACUUGAUAGUAAGCCCUUUUUUGGCCAUUCAAAUCCAGUUCUUAAGCCUGACCCCCAAUAUUUUGAUGAUGCUGUGGAGGCUGGACAAUGGAAAAUGAAUAACAAGAUUGUGAAGGAAGACAAACGCAGAAUCUCAUCUGAAUUUAAAUGCCAAAACUGUGAGGUGGGCACAGUUCCAUUACCAAUGGAGAAGCACACUGGAGAGUCUCUCAGGAAUGUAAAGGGGUUGCAUGAUUUUGUGCGCACGGAUAACUUAAUAAAUGGCAAAGAGAAUGAGACUGGAGAUUCAGCCCCUAUGUAUGUCCUUCCUUCUGGUGAAACUAAACUGUCUGAGAAAGUAACUGGUUUUUAUACUGAUAAGGUUGUAAUGGAGUGUGAACUGCCAGACCUGACUGUUGGUUUCAAAGAGGAUCCUUAUCGUGUUGUCAAGGACAUCUGCAUUGAUGAGGGAGUGCCUUCCCUGGACAAGAUUUUGACAGAAAAUGAUGAGGUGGAUUACAAGUCCUGCUUCCCACACACUGGCUUGGAUGUAAAUAGUGAUUUGACCAAAGAAAAAGACUCGGUAUUACCUAGUUUAAAUGAGAUGAAAUCUUUGGUAGAAAGUUAUUGCAAUAAAGAUAUUCUGAACCAAUGUAAUUCUGAAGUUUUACAUCAGAAAGAUGAAUAUGUGGAUGAAGAAGAUAAGACUGCACAUAACAGCACGGAUGAGGUCAUCCCUGGAAGUGUGCCUCUGGGAAAGUUGGAUACAGAAGACUCCUACAUCAAGCCAUCAAAUUUUGGCAGCAAUAAAGAUCAACAACAAUCGAAUCAGGAUUCAAGUAAAGAAGCUCCUGCAGAAAAAUAUGGAAUAUCAUCCCCUACGGAAGAAUCUGAUGACAGCAACCCUGCCAACAAAGUUCCUUUCAAUAAUAAGGUGGAGAAUGGAAGUACCAUCAUGAGUUUUCACCCUUCAAAACCAACUACUAGAGAGGAGACCUCAACAAAAGCAGACUCUCCGCAACCCCUUCACAUUUUACUUAGCAUGUCCAGGCUUGAGGACGGAACCGUAGAUAGCCUAACAGGUUCAAGCAGAAGUCUUUGUAUUCAACAUGGUCAUGGAGAAUCGAGUUUCUCUGCAGCGGGUCCCAUGUCAGGAUCCAUAACUUACUCAGGACCAGUACCAUAUUCGGGUAGCAUUUCUCUUCGGUCAGAUAGCAGCACAACCAGCACCCGUUCUUUUGCAUUCCCCAUAUUGCAUUCGGAGUGGAAUAGUAGCCCAGUAAAAAUGGCUAAAGCAAAUCGGAGAAAUUUCCACAAACAUCGAGGUUGGAGGAUGAAUCUUCUCUGCUGUAGAUUCUGAGUCUGACUGCUACAGGUUGCCAACGUUGGUUAGGCUUAGCUAUACAUCAUCAAAAUAUUAUAUUUUCAGUAUGGCAUAUCUCAUAAAUAUUUCUCCUAGCCCAUGGUUGGUGCGUGUUCUGCGGUGGGUCCAAAGUAGCAUGCUUUUGGUCAUUAGUUUGUGGAAUGCAAGUUGAGAUGUAAGCAAAAUUAUUAAUGUUAUUGUUUGUAUAAUCAUCAUCUAUACCCUGAAAUUAAUUUUUCAUCCAGAAAUCUUCAAUUACAGGCUUACAGCA